UCUACUGUCCGUACCAUUAAUUAGCGUGACGCGUAGGGUCGCAAUCUGUUCUGUAGAGAGAUUCUCAGUCUCUGUAAGACAGUGGCUGCAUGCAAUUGUAGGACAUGGUUGAUCAAGCUACAAACAAAUGGGUCUGUCCUGACGACAGGCAGUUGAUUCUACGAUCAAGGCUCGGUGCUGGUUGGUCUUACUGGACAGCAGAGCAGGAAUCUCUAACUUACUCUCCUCGACGUUCUGGCAAUGAGACGAGCCAGGUGAGCAGUGAAGAGCAGCGGAUUGUCGCCGAUGUGAUUGCAAGAGCGGCUGAUAUUGAUCGUGAUGAGGAAGAACGUAUUGGUCGCUUGGUUGUACGGUUAGAACAACUGAAGAAGGCUGCAUGCUUUGAUGGAUCAUCUAAAUGUGCUGUGUGUGGAGAACGAGUCCGGAUCUUUCCACGUACAUCAACAGUCUGUGCAGGUUGCAAGAAGGGAGUUUGUCAAAGUUGUAGUGCCAAGACAUCUUCAGAUGAUGACUCUGAAAACUUCGUUUUAUGUAAAGUUUGUUUGGAAGAGCGUGAAGUAUGGAAGAAAACAGGUGCAUGGUUCUACAAGAUGAUGCCACGACAUUCAAAACCAACUCAAAAGGGAAUGUCACACACCUCAAGCCCUACUCCUGAUCGCAUCGUUAAGUCUUGGAGCAAUGAUGAAUUUGCAGUGCAUCCAUAUCAUCUUUCAAGUGACUUUGAUCAAAGUUAUGAUUCACAAGUUUUGGCUCUAGGUGAAGGCAUGUCUAUUGAAUUAUUAAGGAAAGGAGACUACAGCAGCAGCUCUCUGAGCCCUUCUCAUGCAUCCAAUCCCAGCGAAUCUUUUUCACCAAGUAGGAAUAAGAGCCCAAAUGAUGAAAGUGAUCUGGGUGUUACCACACCUAGGAAAUGCUCUACAGUGUCCCAGCAGGAAGUCGUUAGCAAUGAUGGAGUCAACAGCAUAGCAUCACAGUCAUUGUCACAUCGCAUUGCAACUACUGCAUUGGUUCAAGCAGCACAACAGGCUCGACGUUUCAGUUUAGGUAGAGAACCAAGUGAAGAAAGAGAAUUAAUUGCACACUCAUUGCUGGAAUCAACCAAUGUUAAACCUGUCUCUUCCAGUCCAGAAAAGGUUUUGAAAGGAAGCAGAGACAAACCUUUUGGAAGAAAGAAAAGAAUAAAGUAUGGGAAUGAAUUGAAUAAUGAGGUCAUUGGUGUUGAAGAGGAAGAAGAGGAGGAUGUGGAUGAAUUAUUGCAGGAGAUGGGUCAAACACAUCAACAUCACAAAUCAACUGACAGCGUGAGAUCUCACGGGAUGGAUUUAGCAUCAGGGCAAGGGACAAUUCAUUUUUCUAUUCUGUAUGACACCGACUCAUGUGAGAUUCGUUUGGAGUUAGACAAGUGCAGGUCACUUGCUAUUCCAGAUCAUUAUGGGCCGUUGAAUCCUUUUGUGAAGUUGGAUCUUCUUCCAUCAUCCACAAAGGCUCGGCUGAUGACAAGUAACGUAGUCCAAAAGACAGCAACUCCUAGUUUUCAGCAGUUGAUCACAUACCCAGGCAUUUUGGAAUCUGAUAUAAAGCAGAAGACUUUGAGGCUGUGUGUUAUGCAUGCUGGUCGUUUGGGUAAUGAAGUCUAUAUUGGUGAGACACGACUUUCAUUGAAGAAAGUAACACCUAACAAAGAGGAAAGAAUGGAUCGUGUCUUAGAAAAACUACCUCUGCUGCAGCCUGAUACUAAAAUGGAGAAGGAUGACAGGGGAGUUAUUCAGGUGGCACUUGAGUAUUUGUCUGAUCAGAAGCGGUUGGUGGUGGGAAUACUGCAAGCUGCUGGACUUGCUCCAAUGGACAGCAAUGGGCUUUCUGAUCCAUUUGUAAAAUGUUACCUACAUCCAGAUCCACACAAGAAGACCAAACGCAAGACUAAUGUUAUCAAGAAAACACUCAAUCCCAAAUUCAAUAAAGAAUUCACUUAUACAAUGAAGGCAGAAGAUCUUGCCAAAAUGUCUCUUGAAAUCACAGUAUGGGACCAUGAUCUUGGGAGAAAUGAUUACAUAGGUGGUAUUCGUAUGGGUAAAGAUGCUAAAGGUGAGUUGCUGCUACAUUGGUACAAAGUGUUGACUGAGCCCAAUCGAAAGUUCACCAAAUGGCACAAGUUAAGUCCCGAUCAUGUUUCCGAUGAACAGUAACUAGAAUAUUGCACUGUGUUUCUACAAUUUCCCAUGUACAGAUUAUUCUUUUACAGCUGCAUUUGCCGGUCGCUUUGGUUGCUGAGCUCUUGCUAGCAACAGGUUGGCCUGUUAUUUUAGCAGCUUUUGCAGUUACAACUGCAUGUGGUUGUGUUUAUAGGCACCGUUAAAGUUUUUAGGUUUGAAUUAAUCAUUUAAACAAAUGUUAA